UUACAUUAUAGCUUUGUUAGAAACGAAAGCAACGUUUAGCUCUAUCAGACAGAAUCUUUGCGCCAGUUUAAGCGUAAACCAUAGUUCUGGACUUUACUAAGCGAAAUGGAUACGGAUAUUCAGAGAUGCUUCCGUAGCAAAACGGUGUUCCUAACUGGAGCCACUGGCUUUUUGGGAAAAGUCGUUAUUGAAAAACUUCUUCGGACCACUGAGGUGAAACGCAUCUAUGCGUUGAUCAGACCGAAGCGCGGAAUUGCUAUUAAGGAUCGGAUUACCACUUGGUCAAAAGACGCGGUAUUUGAACUGCUGCUCAAGUCCAAGCCGGAGGCCCUUCAAAGAGUGUGUGCCAUCGCAGGGGAUUGCCUCGAGUUCGAUUUGGGAAUCAGCGAUGAUGAUCGAAGGCUUCUGGCCGCCGAGGUGCAGAUUGUCAUCCAUGGAGCAGCCACCGUGCGAUUCAACAAGCCGCUUCACGUUGCCCUCGCCAUCAACACAAGGGCCACAAAACUGAUGAUUCAACUGGCCAAGGAAAUGAGCCAGCUGCAGGCCUUUGUGCACAUCUCCACCGCCUUUUCCAACUGCGUUAUUUACAACGUCAAGGAAAAUUUCUACCCCGAGCACCUCAAGUACAGCUCCGACAAGGUGCUGUCCAUGGCAGAGCUGAUGGGCGACGAGCUCCUGGACAACAUGGAGCAAGAGCUCCUUGGCUCGUUUCCCAACACGUACACCUACACCAAAGCCCUGGCCGAGGAUGUGAUCCUGAAGGAAGCGGGUGGCUUGCCACUCUGCAUCUUUCGACCGGCAGUCAUUAUCGCGGCGCACAAGGAACCCAUUUCCGGCUGGAUUGACAACAUGUACGGACCUAUGGCCAUUCUGUACGGGGUGGCGCGUGGGAUACUGCGCAUUGCCACCUUCGAUUACCAUGCUAAGUCAAGUCUGGUGCCCGUGGACUACUGUGCCAAUUUGACCAUGGCCUGCGCCUGGAAAACUAUCGAAGAAGGCAGCAGCAUGGAAUCGCAGGAGACUCCUGCUAUCUACCAACUGGCGCCCACCGAUGAGAACCCCAUCACCCACGGGGAGUUCAUUCAACACGCCUACAAAGGACGCACCAACUGCCCGCUGACCAAAAUGGUAUGGUAUCCUUUCAUUCACUGCAUCACAGUGCCGUGGCUCUUCCCCCUGGCAGCUUUCUUCUAUCACACACUGCCAGCCUACUUUUUCGAUCUGGGGCUCUGGCUGAGUGGCCGGAAACCCAGAUUGGUGAAGACUUACCAGCAGAUCCACGAGAAUCUGCACGUCUUGGCCCCUUUUUCCUGCAAGAGCUGGCACUUUGACAUGCGGAAUACGGAUCGCUUGCGGCAGCUCAUGUCGGAGGAGGAUCGAAGGAUAUACUACUUCGAUAUGGUCGGUCUCAACUGGAAGGAAUACUUCCUCGAUGCUCUUGGGGGCAUUAGGCAGUAUUUGGGAAAAGAGGCACCCACUCCAGAGUCCAUUGCACAAGGCAGGAAGGUCAUUAAGCGCUUGAAGCUGCUUCAUCACAUCCUGCUUGGUGUCCUCUGUCUUGUGGCCCUACUAGCAGCUUGGUUGGUGUUAAGGAUCCUAGUGUAAUUCAGAAUACGACGACUCGCGUAAUUACUUCAUGGAAUAAAUAUAUUCAACCCAUAGAAAGUAGCGUA